AUGGCUUCCCGUGCCGGACAACUGGUGGAGACCAUCUCGCAAAGGGUCUUGGAGAUCGAAGAUUUUCUCAAGACUCAAGGUGUUCCAAACCUCUCGAUUGAGCAGGAUAUCCCCUUAAACUUCCAGGGAAACCCAAACUUCGCUUCGCCCAAGGAUGCUGCAUUGUUGGCUUGUAAAGAGCUCUCAACGUUGCUGGGAGGGUCAUUUCACGCAAUAACGAAUCAAACGGCAAGCGAAUUUGCGAAUACGCAAGCAAUCUGCCGCUUCAAGAUUCCAUCGAGCUUCCCUCCCGAUCGCGAACAAGCAACAUACGAUCAGUUGGCAGCAAACAGUGGCCUUGCAGAGCCUGAGGUGCGACGCCUUGUGCGCUCGACUCUGUCUUCGUAUAUAUUUAGCGAGAAAGAGAAGGGUGUCGUUACUCGCACUGCAGCAUCAAGAAUGCUAGCCAAUAAUCCACUUAUGGUUCAAUGGGUCGAGAUGACUGCAACGGAGAUAAUGCCUGCAACUUUGAAGAUUGCAGAUGCAAUAGAGAAAUGGCCCGAGUCAGGGGAGCCAAAUCAGACGGGUUACAAUAUUGCCAACAGCACCGAAAAUUCGGCUUUUGCGCACAUGGCAAAGUUUCCCGGCCGUCCGGAGCAGUUUGCUAAAGCCAUGUCCCUCUUUAGCAUGGGUCCAGGUUAUUCUCCUAAAUGGUUAUUAGAGAACUACCCUUGGGACAGCUUACGCAAUGGUACCCUCGUCGAUGUUGGUGGCUCAAAGGGCGAGUAUAGUAUCACUAUUGCUCAGAAGUACCCUCAGAUCAAAGUGAUCGUCCAGGACCUUCCGGACGUAGUUGAUAGAGCUAAAUCGAGCACACCGGCAGAUUCGGCAGACAGAAUAACCUUCAUGGCCCAUGACUUCUUCACAGAGCAGCCCAUCAAAGGCGCAGACGUGUACUUGAUGCGGUGGAUCUUGCACGAUUGGUCGGAUGUGUAUGCAAUCCGUAUCUUGCGCGCUUUGAUACCUGCGUUGAAGAAGGAGGCUAAGAUCGUGCUGCAUGAAUAUAUCGUGCCUGAGCCAGGGGAGACUUUGACUCUGCAGGAUAGAACGUUAAGGAUUUUUGACACUGCGGUUCGAGCCCUAACGAAUGGCAAGGAGAGAGAAGUGAUCGACUGGAAAGCGCUGUUCGCCGAAGCGGAUAGUAGAUUUCAUGUCCUGAGCAUCGAGAAACCAACCGGCUCUAGCCUUGGGAUUAUCGUGGUUCAGUGGGAAGGAUGA